AUGGAGGCGUCGGCGACCAGCCGUGCCCUCGGUAUCACCGAGCUUCUUGAGCUUGUCCUUCUCGAGCUUCCUCAACGAGACCUCUACCAGGCCCAGCGCAUCUGCAAAGGCUGGAAAACCGUCAUUUCCAACUCCUCCCCCAUCCAAGAAGUCAUGUGGCUCUCGCCCGCCAGUCCCUCCUCACCACCCGCCAAGUACGAAAAGACUGAGACCCUCCUCGACUAUCCCCUCGUCAUCAAAUACCUCUCCACCUCCCACCUGAACCCCCUUUUCCACGGCCGCUACGACCCCGAUCCUUCCCUAUCCGGACCGACUUGGAAGGUAGAACCAGGCAACAACGAUGACGAUGGCGACAUAAUCCACGUGGAAUCUCUAAACAAGAUCCUACCUUUCUUACCGACGACCGACUAUGGAGCAUCCAAUGUCAACUGCAAGGCUACGUGGGAGCAAAUGCAGGUAGCGAGCCCGCCUUGCAAGGCCAUCCAGAUAGCGAGGAUCUGGGAAGCUCCUCUGGUCCUUCGAGAUGAGACUGGGGUCCGCAUGGGACAGUUGGUGAGGGUGAUUGCGUCGUUGGAGCGGGCCCACCGUGCUGCAGAGGCUGCAGCGAGGGCUAGAGCAGAUGCAAGAGCCGAAGAGGAACGAAUCGCAGCGCAAUCAACCACAGUCCUUCCCUACCUAAUCUAUAGCGACUUAACACUAUUUCACUCCCUACUACCAAACUCCCUAUCAAGCCCACACCAUGCGCCCACCAACCCUCCAAUCCUCCACUUCGCCCUCCUCUCCCUCCCUGAAGCCCUCCUCUUCCUCUUCAUCGCCACCAGCGGCCUCUCCCUCUCCAUUGCGCUCUCAAAGCUCUCAGGAACCGCUGCCCUAGAUCUCCUGCGCGAUACCAAUUCAUUAACCCGAUACGACACAGGCAACGCAUUCAUAGCCUGGAACCUCGGCUAUCUCUCUGAGCGCAACCUUUUCGCGUGGCAAAAGGGAGUUUACAACUGGUAG